UGGUUUUCACACGACUUUUAAAUACGUUGACUCUAACCGUUCGUUAUGUUGGCUCGACGCAUUAGCCAUUACUUUUUUACCACUGCUUUAUACGAAACUCCUAAAUCUCUUACGGUUUGUGCAGUAUCGUGCUGGCGGCAAUUUAGGUGGCCCAGAAGGAUUAUGGUAUUUAAGUUCGAUGAGUGAGUGGGUGCUAGAAUUACUAUUAUAAUAUCGUAUAAUUCUUGACAAGACUGUGUUAGUUUCGACGUUUCGACGAACCUUGUGAUAGAAUGCCAAAAGAGAAUGACUCAUGGGCGACGCAAGCUCUUCGAUUCACCUGGAUUGUGAUGUUGAGAAACCUUCGAGGUCACAGAAAAGUGUACACAGAGGGCAACCGCGUCUCGUCCGUGGGGGACGUCCGUACCCUCUGGCUGGGCGGCGGCGGCGACACCCGCACCAACGCCGGCUUCCCCGACAACCGAGUCAUCACUUCCAAGUAUACCUUAUGGAACUUCCUGCCAAAGAAUUUGUUCGAGCAGUUCCGUCGAAUUGCCAACUUCUACUUCCUGUGCAUGACAAUCUUAGCGCUGAGCAUCGAGAGCCCCGUGAGCCCAGCCACGAGCUUCGUGCCGCUCGUCUUCGUCAUCUUCGUGACGACGGUGAAGCAGGGCUACGAGGACUGGCUGCGCCACCGCAGCGACAAUGAGGUCAACAACGCCCUCGUCACCGUCGUGCGCUGCGGCUGCCGGCAGCGCAUCAAGUCGAAGGAGGUGCAGGUGGGCGACCUGGUGAUGGUGCGGCGGGACGAGGACGUGCCGUGCGACCUGGUGCUGCUGGCGUCCAGCGACGUGGAGGGCCGCGCGCACGUCACCACCGCCAACCUCGACGGAGAGACCAACCUCAAGGUUAUUACUAUCAGUACUAGCCUGCUGGAGACGGACCCGUCGGAGCUGGACGCGGCGUCGGGGGAGCUGGAGACGGCGGUGACGGGGCCGCUGGAGGAGCUGCGCGCGCCGGCCAGCGCCACCUCCUCCUCCAACGCCUCCGCCUCCGUCUCCGCGCUCGACAACACGCUCAAGGAG